AUGGACCAGCCACGCAAAAGUCGGCUCUGGGACCCUUCGACGUGGAAACUUCGCCUUAAACAUCGAAGUCAGCGUUCGAAGAAGAGCAACAGCAGCACAACAGAUGAAUUCUAUUCCAUCAACUCUUCUAGUCCUCCUCGCUGCUCUGACGUGGUGGAGAUCCAAGACCAAAAAGACACCUUCUAUCGAUAUUCCUCGUCCGUCUACUCAGACCACGACGAGGUUCGCUCUCUGCUCCUCCGACCAAAGGACGACCAUACAGAGGACUUCAACGAGUACUUCAUGGUCAGCUCACAGUCUUCACUUUCAACCUUGCUCUCACAGACCUCUCCCUGCUCGAACCCUCCAUCCCAACAGACUGACGCUUCACAGAUGGCGCCUAACCGUCGACACUCUCGUCCGUACACAGUCAGCAGCGGGGAAUGGGUUCUGGUCCCGUCUUCCGAAACCCCCUCUUUGUCCUCUGCCUCCCGAGUGCUGUCGUUGGAUGACUUAACCGAUGUACAGCGUGCCUACCACUUCAGCGCCGUCCUGAAGAUCUUCGCCAAAGUCUAUGCGGUGGCCAAGAUUCUUCAUGUAGCCUUUCUGGCCUAUGGCGUCGAGCUGGACACUGCUGAGACCGGACUGAUGUACUGGAUCGAGCGCUCUGAGAUGGAGAUCAGGACCGACUCACUCGCCGUUUUGAUUGAAAAUGUGGAGAAUCUUUACUACGCUCUCUAUUCCCGUGUGAUUAUUGAAAUGGCCGGGAUCGAACUGUGUGCUCUGUUCAAAAUCGACAGCCGGCCGGUGACGACUCGCAAGCAGUUUUACCUCCCCGAUCCGAAUCAUUUGUAUCGAAUCUUCCUUGCUUGCAAAGAUCUUCUCGAUGCCCCCUCCGUUUGCGAGUGCCUGCAGGAGACUGUGGUCAGCCAAUGGGAAGAAGGUUACCUGCGCCGCCUCGCCAUAAAGCAGGCUGAGAGUGGAUUCAAUCCGGAUGACCUUUUGGGCUAUCGGCGCUAUGCGUUGAGUAUAAUUUCCGAUCGCACCUGUGCCUACGUCAAGAAAUGGAACAACCUCAUUCCAUUUUUCGACACCAUCCCGGCCGAGGUCCUGACCGUGCUCUCGGAGAAGUACUUCACCAUCAUGCCUCGGGUGGUAAUGGAGGACGAUGUGCCCGCCGCCGAACUGCCUUUCAUUGAUCUCAAAGCGACGAACUUCGCUCAGUGGGAGAAGGAUCUGAUUCAGGACCACCGCAUCGCGACCCUGGCCAAGCUUAAUGGCACCAAGGUCGGCGAGGAACGCCGGGACGAGCCCAAGAUCCAACUGCUGACCAUGGUCAAGUAUCACAAGUGCAUCUGCAUCGCGUCCUGUUUCUGUGCUCUAGCAUGCACCUACGAUGUGGAGCGGCCAUGUCCCUGCUCGGAACGGCAUCUGCGCCUCAUGCUGGCCCGACGCUCCAGAGGCCCGGGUCGUUUCGACUUCACGACUCGUGCGAAUACCGUCGCCCGCGCAUGCUGGCAGGGUCUCGCGAGCCUGAAACGUAGCCUGCCUGACGAGGUCGUGCUGGUGGAGCUCAACGAGACCUUCGAUAUCUUUGAGUUGGAGAUCCAAAAGGAGCGAUGGGGGUGA